AAUAUAAUAUAUUAUAUGAAUAUUCGUAAAUUUUGUUAUUUUCAUUAGCGAUUCCUUUAUUCUUGAACUCGUGCCUGAAUUAUUUACAGUAAUCGAUAUUAGGUAAUAUUCUAUACUCGGUCUCAUUUGACAGAAGUGAGAACUCUCAUUCCGCAAGUUUGUUUCGUACGUAGCGACGUGCUAUUGAGUAUUGCGAUUUGCAAUACCAACCAACAUUCAGCAGCUGACUGCUGAGUUUAAAAUAGCUGAUUUUGUAAACACAACAAAUUAUUUUGUUCAGUAAAAUAUGUUGCUUACUAAACGUUAAUAGAAUGAUGCUAUAUAUUACGAACGUUUUCUUGAACUAAAUAGACGAACAAUAAUUAAAAGUGUAUUUAUUCUAUUAAAAGUGCAGUGUCAAAAUCACGCACUCUGAAUAUAGGGCUGUGAGACAUGAGUGUUGUGUGUUGCAAAUAAUGCUGUGUUUCCAUUAACGAAUUAUCAACUAUUAUUGAAAACUCGAGUCAACUUACGAUUUAUCUGUGGCUGCGUCAUAUAGAAAUUCUGUGCAAUUUAUACACAAAAUGUCUAAAGUGUCUCUUAGUAAUAUUCCUUCAAAUCCACGUAUAAACCGCCUUAGAACAUUUUCCAGGACCGAAAGCGAGACAUCUUGCGAAGAGGCAGCGCGUCUAACAGCAGAAGGAGCGGCUGAUGAUGAUGACGAGGCCUACGACUACGGAGAGCUUCCGCCGCCACCUGAUGGAGGCUACGGCUGGGUCGUGGUGUUCGCCUCGUUCAUGUGCAACCUGGUGGUGGAUGGCAUCGCGUACACCUUCGGGAUAUUCCUCUCGGAGCUCGUGACGUACUUUGGUGAAGGGAAGGGCACAGUCGCGUGGGUUGGCAGCUUACUGUCUGGCGUGUAUCUAGCUGUUGGUCCCAUAGUGUCGGCGCUAUGCAAUAAGUAUGGGUGUAGAGCGGUCUGUGUUGCCGGGUCCAUAGUGGCCACCUUCGGGUUCGUGCUGUCCACCUUCAGCAAGAGUGUCACCAUGAUGAUGAUCACCUACGGAGUUAUAGGAGGAAUCGGCUUCGGAAUGAUAUACCUGCCGUCCGUAGUAGCAGUAGGCUACUACUUCGAAACCCGUCGCUCUCUGGCCACUGGUAUAGCAGUAUGCGGGUCUGGAGUGGGCACCUUCAGUUUUGCACCCCUGGCCACUAUUCUACUGCAAGAGUUUGGCACUUGGCAAAACGCAAACCUUCUCUUGGCCGGUUUGAUCCUCAAUUGCGCUGUUUUCGGAGCACUCAUGAGACCGUUGGUGUAUCCCAAGAGUGCUGGCGAGAAACCACUUUUGCAACGCAUGGCCGAGGAAAAACGCUUGCAAAUGGAAAGAGGAUCCAUCGGGGGAUCUUAUUUCGUUGUUCAGCUGCCAGACGGUACUAUGGAAAAGAGAUUGAAGGCACCCUUAAACAUAGAUCCAGGAGUCCAUUCGUCUCUCAACCUGGAAGCGCUGGCUCGCGUGCCGACGGUACCCAACAUGCCAGGUGUGCCGACCGUACCCACCCUGCCUACUAUUACUGAAGCCAAAGUAACUGAUGAUAAAGCGGAUCUCAAAAAGAGCGAAAAUGGCAAAGCCAUUCCGCUUCAACCAACACAGAUAUCCCGUAACGUGUCGUCUCCAGCGUUCAGCGCCCAAGCGCCGGGUCUGCCCAAGAAUGGCUCCGUGCCGUUCUUCGACAGACAGCGCAAACACAGCACCGGCGAUAGGUCAGCAACCGAUAGAUUUAAACCGUCCUUAGCUGCAAUUAAAGCAACGUCCAAAACCUCUAUCGGGAGCCAUAGAAACGAUGAUACAGAAAGCGGCGUAUAUAACUCCAAGUUAUCUGUGGCGGUCGUUAAAGAACCUUCUAGAAUGGUGCGGCCGAUGUCUAGGAAGGACAUAUUUUAUUCCGGCUCUGUGUUGAACCUGCCACAAUACCAGAGUCAGAAGUCUCUACAAGGAUACAGAAAUUCUGUGCUUAGUUUGCCACAGAGUAGGCAAACUGGAGAUUUGGAGAGACAGGAAGAGUACGCGCUGUGCCCGUGUUUCCGCCUGCCGGCGUCGUUCAAGGCGGCGCUGUCGUCGAUGUUGGACACCAGCUUGCUGCGCGACCCCGCCUUCAUGUUGAUCGGAGUGUCCAACGUAUUUGGCAUGGCUGGUCUCUACGUGCCUUUUGUUUAUAUCGUUGACGCUGCUGUUAUGAAUCACGUGGACGAGUCGAAGGCUUCGUUCCUGUUGUCUAUAAUCGGCAUCACGAACACUAUCGGUCGUAUUGCUUGUGGCUGGGUGGCGGACUUUCCCUGGAUGGACUCCUUGUUGUUGAAUAAUAUCUGCCUUAUUAUUGCUACGAUUUCAGUUGGUGUGAUUCCAUUCUGUUAUUCGUACGCUUCAUAUGUGGCUGUGGCCAUCGCUUUCGGUAUAGCUAUAUCGGGCUAUAUUUCCCUCACGUCUAUAAUCCUCGUGGAUCUGCUCGGGCUGGACAAACUGACGAACGCGUUCGGUCUUCUCAUACUGUUCCGUGGUGCGGCCGCUAUUAUUGGAUCUCCGCUAGCGGGCGCCGUCUACGACGCGACCAGAAAUUAUGACGCGUCAUUCUACAUGGCCUCUGCGUUCUUCCUAGCUUCCACGCUGACGUCAUUCGCUGCGCCUAUGUUUAGAAGAAAACAAGAGGACGCUCCUCAGCCCCUGGACGUACUCACUCCAAUAGACGAGGACCUGGAAGAAGAUGAUGACGACACUCCGAUAACGAUGGGCUCCCUCCCCCAGAGGAACAGGAACCCCGCCAUCGUGCGGACGGCGCCCUCUCCCUCCGACCCUCCCUCGCCGCAGAACGACGUCUCGCAGAGAGAAAGCGUGCUAUGAAUGGUACCUGAUAUAAAAAAUAAUAUUUAGAAAAAUUGCUGAAUUAAUAUUUAAUUGAUUAAAGCGCGUGCAGUUAUAACUGAAUUUAAAUCAUUGAUGUUUAAAGUGUAUAUUUAUUCCGACGUACAGUUAAUUUUCCAAUUAGGACGGUCGUAGCCGAGGGGAUUGCGAUAUUACCACAAUAGUUAGUCGUGUUAAAAUUCAGUUAAAACUACACCCGUUUUGAUCGUUUUAAAAAGUAUUUUAUUUAAAUGUGUGAUAAUCGUGUUACUUAUAAAAAUAUCCGAAGUUUUUAUACAGGGACAUUGUUUUUAAAAUGUGCGAAAGCGAUCUAACCACUCCCUGAUUAGAACAGAACGCACACGCGAUGAUUACUGUAAAUGUUGUUUUCUCGGUUUACGUGUUAAGGUUUAAGGCCGGAUCGCAUUACAGCGGCACUGCGCGGCACAAAGUGUCUAAAUACUAUUUCAAUCAUUUGGCAUGUGCGAUAGUUUUGCCUCGGAAAGAACAUUUUGAUGCGCAGCGACGUUCAGUAUGACACAACAAGCGGCACGUCACUUCAGUAUACAUAUUGUUAAUUGCUAAGUUUUUGAAUUUUGUCUUCGACAUUCUGAAGUAAGUGUGCAAUCGUGCAGAGUAACUAAAACAGCGAGGAAAUAAAUUCGCCUUCUUGAUAGCGUGACCUUGGUAUGUCAGCAAACUAUUUCUCAUUACUUUUUUUCUCUUCCAUAAUUCGUUCUUCUUCUGCACACUACAAAGAAAUAAUGAUCAAAUCCUCAUCACUAUCGCUCAUCUUGUAAUGUUGCUCGCGCGCGAACUAGUAUAAAAACGACGCGAGCUGCCGCUUACUGCAGUUGUAAUGCGAUAGGACCCGUCGAGCGACGUGAAGCGAAGCGCCGCGCGGGGCUGCUCUAAUGCGGUCCGACCUGAAUGUAUAAUCCCACCGUACAUCCGAGUGAUGAAGACGCUACUCGUAUAUUAUGUAAACAAAGUCCGAUUAAACUCGGACGCAGCUCUAUUCAUACGGAUCAUUUUACGGUGAAUGAAAUGCGUCAUCUAAGAAGAAGUUGAAUGAACUUUUAGAAGUUUGGCAGAAGAUUAAGAAAUGCUUUACCCGCUGUUUCUGAAUUAAAACAAACAGAAAAAAUUGUAAAAAGAUUUUUUGGCCUCAGUUCAACUCUUUUUUUAUAUUUAAUGACACGAUUACGAUUUUACUAUAAGUAUAGAUUAAACAUUAAUUUUUAAUUGAACAUACAAUGAGCCUGUAUAAAAUAGGAUAAUUACAAUGAAUGCUUAAUUCGUAAAAUGCUAUUAUACUUAACAUACAAAGUGUAUUUUAUAAUUAUAAAUUAUUAUAAUAUAUUUAUAUAUGUAUGAAAAAUGAUUUGCUGUCCUGAUAAAUAGUAUUUUGAUCUUGUUAUACAAAUUAGGUAUAUACAUUGCAAAUUUAUAAGCCAUGUGUAAUCAAAAGACUUAAAAGCAAUUUAUAUUUUCUAUAAACAUAAUAAUAUUGCCCUUCGUUUUCAAUUAUAACAGUAAUAUCAAACGUUGAAUGCCCGCGGUGUUAUAAAAUGAUGAUUCUCUAGGCGAGGGACAGAAAUUAUCUGUUUAUAUUAUUUUUUAUAUUAAUUGUUAGACGAAACCGCUUUGUACUUAUUCUCAUAAACUUUAUGACAUAAAAAUUGGCUCGCGGGCAUAGAGUUCAUGACAUUUUUGCACCUAGAUUCUUACAUAAUUUUAUUAAUAAGCUUUUCAGCAAAUUUUUUUUUUUUACGUUUACGUUUUGUUACGGUUAAUGUACUGUGUGUACUAUAAGUUACCAUACAGUUAAGAUAUGCUAAGUAGCCUUUGUAUAUGAAAAAUAGUAAUAAUGAGAAUUAAAAUAAUUUCUGUUCCAAUGAUGAUAGUGUGCCAUGGAUUUGUUAUUAAUAAUUUUAUAUAUUGAAUUAUUUAGAAUGAUACUCAAGAUAUUCUAAAAUCAAUCAGCUUAUAAAAGAAACUGCAUAUUUAUAUUGUUAGUAUUCAUUAGCAAUAAUUAACUAGAUGCCUAUUGA